AUGUCUCAGGAGGACCAGACACAGCAGAUUUCGGUGAAGAAGACCUUCCUGACUUGGUCUGAGCCGGAGCCUUCGGUGGCCCCAAGAGCGUUCACCUACCCCGAUCGGGAGUUGGUGGAGGAGCUCAAGUGUGGCUCCAUGGCCCACCGGGUGUCCUUCUCCUCUGGGAGCAACUCCUCCCGCAGCUCCUGUUCGGAUGACGAGAUCUUCUCCACCUUUGCGGCUCGUGCCCAGCCGAUGAAGUCAGGAAGUGACACCUUGCAGCAAGGCUGCGCCAUUUCAGCCAGUGAUGGGACGAAUUCGUUCCAGGACAACAUCCCUCCGGUCUAUGUCAAAAACACUUUCCUGAAUUUCGAGUCAGAGCAGCGAGAGCCAGCUUUGGCCGGAAGGUCAUUUACAUUUCCAGCGCCUCAAGUGACCCACCGAUUCAAGGAGUCCUCGGUGCCCAGACCGGCAUCUCGAGCGCGGUCGACCUGGAUUGAAGCCAGUGCUAGCACUCGGAGCCCAAUAGAUUCAGAUGAUGUUUCCAAUGAUAGUGGACACAUCACCUCCGGAGAUGCAGCCGAAUCGGCAGUCCACGAGGCGCCACGCACGCUGACGGGAGCGAGCGACCAAUCUCUGUACUAUCAUCCAGCGUUCCACAAGCACGCAAACAAUCAGGGACCGGCGGGGUCUGACAUGUGGCGUGCUGGUAGCCUGCCUUUCAAUGAUGUACCGCAGUCUUUGCGAGCUGGCCCAUGUGCAAGCCAUCCAACCUCCAUGGAGACACCCUUGAAUCAGGCUCCGAUGCUGAUGCAAGAGUCCAAUCGACAAUGCCAGUGUCCAGCUCACAUGCCGUUUAAUAAUGUUUGUGGCUAUGACGGGCAUUCAGGCACUCCUGGCAUGCUCCUGAAUCAAGCAGCUUUGCCACCGAUGCCCAUGCGCGGGAUAAACGAUCAAUGCCAGAGCGCGGCUAAUCUGCCUCUUGACAUUCUCGACCAUGCUUCUAUGCAGUGGUUCAAUGAGCGCCAAAGUGCCAGUCAGAUGCUCAACGUUGGUGGCCAAAUGGGCCAGCAUGGAGGCAAUCUUGGCAUGCCUUUGAAUCAAGCUCCGAUGCCGCGGUUCAAUGAGCGCCAAAGUGCCAGUCAGAUGCUCAACGUUGGUGGCCAAAUGGGCCAGCAUGGAGGCAAUCUUGGCAUGCCUUUGAAUCAGGCUGGGAUGCCGAUGCAAUGGUUCAAUGAACAAUGCCAGAGUGCCACUCAGACGUCGUUCGACAAUGUGAGUAGCACUGUUGGUGGCUAUAGCAGGCAUCCAGGUACUUUUGGCAUGCUGAAUCAAGCACAGAUGCUCAAGCAGGGGUUCAAUGACCAAUGUCAGAGAGCGGCCAACAUGCCCCUCGACCAUGUUGCGAUGUCGCAUCCAGGUGCAGGUGCUUCGGGGAUGUCACUGAAUCAAGUUCGUGAGCCAACGCCCAGCUCACCAACCGAGGACAAACCACUUGUGCAUUGGACUGUGCAUGGGAUGUCUCUGGAUGAGGUGAUGGCCUCAAUGGCGGAGGGGAAAAAGGACUAUGUCACACCAAAGAUUAUCAACAGCGAGCUCUCUGCAGGACGUACACCGGCGGAGAUCUUGGACAUUGUGACCAAGCACCAGGUGCAGAUGAAUGGGAUCAACUUGGCAACGGCUUUCCAUCGCCUUGCAAAGUGUCCAAGCCAUGAAGUGACGCAGGCACAGACCUUCCAUGAAAUGCUCUCGAUGGCGGAGUUGAAAGCGGUGCAACAGUUGGAGAUUGGGGGUGAAAUGCUCACUCCCAACUGCUGCACCAUCAUCGCGUGGUCUUGUGCCAUGCUGAAAGUCUUCAACAAGCAGCUCUUGUCCGCCUUGGUCAAAGUGGUGGCCCAGAGCCCAACGUCCUGCCAGCUUUAUGAGGUUACCAACAUGCUUUGGGCUUGCGGCCAAUUUCAGAAGGCGCAGAAGAACAAGUCGGCAGGCCCUGAAGUGCGGGCUUUAAUGCAUGCUUGCGUGCCCAUCCAUUUCGCCAGUUCAAGGCUUGAUCAGGCCAAGACCACGGUGCUCCUGUCGGCCUUUGUGUCGAUCAGUCUGCUGUUUCGAUCUACUGCCUGGCAAGAGCUUCUGGAGAGCAUCAACCAAAUUCUCGAGAGGAAAAGCCAUGAGCUCUCCGAGACGCAAGUGGCGGAGCUUGCACGGGCGAAGAAGCUGAACCGACGCCCCAACUGA